AACCCUUCUGACAGGGAUACGCUGGACGGAUUGGAGUUCUAUAUGCAGCAACCUGGUUACAAUGACGAUAUGCUUGUCGAUUUACUUCGACAGCCAUACCAGAAGUACUUCAUGUCUGGUGUGGAAGCAUAUAAUGAUGAAGACUGGGGCCGAUGUGUUCACGACCUGGAAACAUCGCUGGAGAGAACCAUGGAAGAGGAUACGAGGUGUAGACUGCUCUGUGAAGAUAAAAUCGAUUGGAGUUCUAUUGUGGGGAAUCCUGAGAUAGAUGUGCUUAUGACAAGUGAGUUCGGACGCGUUCAUGUAUUUCUACUUAAUCUCGUCCGUAUGGGGGCGGCGUUGACGACGUCUCCUGCAUCGAUCGAUAGAUCAACANNNUAUCGAUUAGCUCUCAUCAAUGGUUAUAAUGUGGGAGAAUUACCUGCAGCACAUUACGAGUACUUACAUUACUGCCACUUCCAAUUAAUGCGAGGUACGGAUGCGGCUCAAGCUGUUGCGAACUAUCUGCUGUUUGACGAUGAUCCUUUGAUGCGGAGGAAUAAAUAUCUUUAUCUCAAGCAGUACAAGAAACCAGAGCUCUUUAUGCCCGACCAGAAAAUUAUCGAUAUCUAUAAGCAGCGUACGCUAGAGGCUCGUUAUUUGAAGUUUAUUGAUGACAAAUUCAAAUUCGUCAAUAACGAGUUCCCAGCAGAGCGUCGAGACGAUCGGGUUAAGUUCGACACCACGGUUUCCAUCGACGAUCCCUUCGACUACGAUGCCGUCACACGACUUCUUUCAACUCCAGAAUGCCAAUCCUUACGAUCGCCGUUCCCCGUAGCUCAUUUUGAUCAGUUAAUAUCGGAGUUGGAAGCAAGGGUGAAGCUGAUUUGGCCAGCUGCCAAGUACGAGUCUCACUCAUGUGGAAGUGAAUCACGAAAAGCCAGAUGUUCUCGAGCUAUUGUACUUUCUGUUGAUGUCGCCGAUUGCUCAGAGUGGCUCGGUGCUGUGCAUUCCGGUUGUGCUGUUGUCUUCUGUGCCUGA